AUGGCUACGCCAGUUGACCAAAAACUGCUUCGGCAGACCAAGUUCCCCCCCGAAUUCAACCAAAAGGUCGACAUGAAGAAGGUCAAUGUCGAGGUCAUGAAAAAAUGGAUUGCAGGCAAGAUCUCUGAAAUACUUGGCUCCGAGGAUGACGUUGUUAUCGAGCUUUGCUUCAACUUGCUCGAGGGUUCGCGUUUCCCCGAUAUCAAAGCGCUCCAAAUCUCGCUCACCGGAUUUCUUGACAAGGAUACACCCAAGUUCUGCAAGGAACUGUGGAACUUGUGCCUGAGUGCGCAGUCGAACGCGCAAGGAGUCCCGAAGGAGUUACUCGAAGCCAAGAAGCUGGAGCUGAUACAAGAAAAGAUCGACGCCGAGAAAGCGGCCGUGGAGGCUAAAAACAAAAGGGACCACGAACAAGCUCAAGAGCGGGAUAUUGAUUCCAUUCGACAGCGCGAGCGGGCCGAGCGCGGUCGUGGUCGCCGUGGCACUGGCGGACGAGGUGGACGAGGAUACGACACGCGACCUCCGAGAUACUCACGGUCUCCCCCACGUCGCAGAAGAUCUCCAUAUAGAGGCCAUCCGUCCCGCAGGGAGGCCGACACUUAUGUCUCCCUCUCGUUCCAUUUCUCGCUCGCCUUCCUCGCCACAUUCUCGUCGUGCUGGCCGAUCUGCGUCCAAGUCAAGCUCAAGAUCCAGAACCAGGUCCAGGUCCAGGUCGAAGUCGGCACCAUAUUCACGGAGCCCUUCACCAGCACCCAGGAGAGAACGCAAUUCAAGGAGCAAGAGUCGGACCAAGUCACCCCCACGGAGGGGCUCCGGCAGGCUGAGAAGAACUUCGGAGUCACCCGGUGA